CGGAAACCUGAAGUAGUGUGUUGUAUGUGGUGAGAUGGAGUGCGAAAAUCACGACAAUGGCGCAAGCGUCGGUGGCGGAACAAAAGCUCCCAACAUGGAAAAGAAAAAUUCUAAAUCGAAAAUUCGCAGAUUGGAACAAGCUUUAGCAGCAGAAAAGACACAGAAAGAUGAAUUACUCUCUAAGCUUAAGAAAGCUCGUCGUCGUAAUAAAAUGUUUCUCGAGUCACAUGGUGAACCAUCAACACCGAGACAUUCAACAAUGCGAGAAGAGUAUCAGGGACACAAUUUUAAUGAAGCUUCGUUCUCCUUGUCUUCAUCUAUUAACAACUUGUCUUUCGCCUCGCUAAGCGUCCCGGAAUGUAAACCGGUUUCUGAUGAUGGAGAAAUUGAUAAGAAGACUUUCAAUCAAUGGAAAGAUCAUCUGGAAUCUUCGAUGCUUUUAACCGGGAUAAGCGAUGAGUUCACAAAAAUGAAUGUGUUCCGUAUAAGGGCUGGUCGAAAGCUCUUGGAUGUGUUAGAUAACACAAAAACAAAUUUUAAUACACCUGAUAUCACAACCGCCCCUUAUUCGAAUGCAAUGCAUCGCUUGUGUAGCUAUUUUGGCUCUCGUGAGUAUGCUUUCAUGCAACGCGAAAAACUACGUACUAUGACACAGAACAAAGAUGAACCCGAUUUCAAAUACGUAAAACGCAUUAUCGAGGCUGCAAAAGUGUGCGAUUUCGACGAGAACAGAUUGGUUGAAAGCGUUACCGAUGUUAUCCAGUUCCAUGCGACAAAUGCAAAGGUCAGAGAGGUUGCUAGGAAAAUUUUAAGAAAAGGGGGCAGCUACAUCGAUUUGUUGGACAAAGUUCGCUCGAUAGAGGUAGAAAAGAUGCACGAAAGUAUUUACGCUACACAUAGCAACCAGGUAAAACAAGUCGAGGUAGCGGCCAUUACGCAGCAGCCACAACGAUCAGGGUUUGGAAACAACAGAGGUGGUUAUCGAGGAGGUUAUCGAGGUGGCUUUCGUUAUAACAGAGGAGGAAUACGGUCGACUCAACCCAAUCCAGGACACUCCUUGAAUAAUCGCAUAGAUGGUAAUAACGGAUACAUGCGGACUCUUAAUUUUCAGCGAAGUGCUUAUAAUAGGACGAAUUGGUCAUCACCUGAAACGUCUCAAGGUUUUAUGUUGAAUCAUGCUUGUUGGAGAUGUACUAGCAAGUUUCAUGAGGCUCAUGAAUGUUCUGCACGGUUCAAGGUCUGUAGAAGUUGUAACGAAGAGGGUCAUCUUGAACGUGUCUGCCCAGGAUCGUCAUCUACUUCGCGGUCCGAUUUUAAUAAAUCAGGUGGACCGCAGUCGAAAAUUCCGAAAAUUGCUGCAGUAUCAAUGUACGAAGAUGAAAAGAUUGUUGAGGAUAAUAAUGUCGGAUCAAGAGUUGGUUCUGUUGGUUGUUUCGCACUUGAGAAAACAGAUGAAAUAAUAACUGGUUAUAUUGCUGGAGUACCUAUAAGUUUUCUCAUUGAUUCUGGAGCAGAAGUUAAUACAAUCAGCGACUCGAACUUCAAGUUUCUAAUGAAUCACAGCAUACGCCUCGCCUAA